AUGGAAAGUGAUGGUACUCAUAAAUCACCCCUACGUUCUAGAAAUAAUAAUAAGAAGAGCAUUUGUUGGAAGUAUUUUGAACGAAUUAAAGACCCAAAAGAUGGAAUAGUAGCAAAAUGUAAGAUUCCUGGAUGCAGUACGAGAUAUGUAUGGCACGGAUCAACUUCUAACCUUCCUGCCCAUCUUAAGAAACAUCGUAAAUCAAAAUCUUCAGCACUCACAACAUCAAUUAAAUCAUCAUUAACAAAUAAUAACUUUAACAACUUUGAAGUUAAUUUGGAAUUAAUUAAACUAAUUGUUUCCUGUCUAUUACCAUUUAGCAUCGUUGAUAAUUUAAAUUUUUCUAAACUUGUUAAUAUACACAUUACUUCUAGCAUUAUAGAAGAGCAAAUCAACAAAGUAUAUGAUCGCUUAUUCUCUCAAUUGAAAUCAAAAGUUCAGCAAGCAAAAUCUGUCAUGCUCUUAAUUGAUGAAGAUGAAGAAUAUUAUGAACAUACGGAAGAAUUUAGAAAUAUAGCUACUUGUUGUUGGCUAAAUGAGGAUUUUGAGUUUCAUAAAUCUUGCUGUGCUUUGGAUAAGUGGGAAUUAACUAAUUUGAAAUUUUAUGAUUACAAUAUUGAUAAUGAUAGCAAUAUUGAUGAUUUUAUUGAACUGGAAGAAGAAUAUCAGGAUAUUGUAUUUUUAUUCUUAGACAUUUAUGACCUGGAUUAUGAGAAUUUAAUAAGUGACAGUUUAAAGAGAUGGGCUAAACAAAUUGUCAAUAAUGUUAAUGGGCGAGACAAUGAUCAAGGAAUUUCCAAUAUUGCCACAGCUGUUCUGAAUGCUACUAAUAAUCUUUGUGAGAUAGUAGAAUUUUUGGAGCUUCAAAUAACACAAGGAGCAGUGAAUAUGCCAAUUAAUAAUAUUAAUUGUGAUUGUGAUUAUCAUAAAAUAGAACUUCUCACAUUAAUAGGACAACGGCAUUUUGAACUUUUAAUUAAUAAUCACAGUCGUUAUAAUGAACUUUCAUUAGAUAAAUUGCCAUUUAGAAUAUUACCUAAAUUAUUAGAAUUGUUUAGCUCUUUUGAAGAUGAUGUUCUCAUUGAAAAAAACAAAAAAGAUAUAUUAGUAGAUAUGUUAGUUAAUGGAUUUAAUAUUUUAACUGAGAUUUCUCAAGAUACUGAUUUAGAACACAAGGCUCUUAAAUCCUUUCUAAUAUUUUUACUUAAUUUACUUUCUUCAUAUCACCAUGAGAAAAUAUGUAAAUUUUUAGAUCCACAUUCGAAAUUAGAUGUUAAUUUGGAUGUAACUUAUUAUUCACAAUUUCCCGGUUUUACGAAUGAUAAUUUGGAAACAGCAAGGAGAGAAUUUGAAUAUUAUAUUCAUCAUAAACGUUUUUUACCUUACGCUAAUGAAAACCUUGGUCUGUAUGAAUGGUGGCAAAAAUCAAAACAUACAUUCCCUGGGUUAGCUGCUAUUGCACAAGAAUAUUUACAUUUGGUACGAAAUAAAAAAGUUACGUUAAAUAUUUGGAAAUUUAAAGAGACUUAUGAAAAUGAUGAUAUAGUUGAUAAGAUAGCAUUUUUACAUUAUAAUAUGAAGUACAUUGAUAUUUUAUUUGAUAAUUAA